GAGUGGAAUUGAUGGCAAAACACUCUCUCUCUCUCACACACACAGAUAUCAGAGCCAUACUGGAGAUUCCACCAGCUGCGACGGAACAAAAUGGCUCAGAACAGCAGUUCUCACGUAGCGAGCUCACAGAAAGCGUUAAUGCUCGAAAUGAAAAGCCUUCAGGAGGAGCCAGUGGAGGGCUUUAAAAUCACCCUGGUGGACGAGGCAGACCUCUAUAACUGGGAAGUGGCCAUUUUUGGACCUCCUAAUACACUAUAUGAAGGGGGCUACUUUAAGGCACGUAUCAAGUUCCCGAUUGACUAUCCCUACUCCCCUCCAGCUUUCAGAUUUCUCACCAAAAUGUGGCACCCUAACAUUUACGAGAAUGGAGAUGUGUGUAUCUCUAUCCUUCACCCUCCAGUAGAUGACCCACAGAGCGGAGAACUUCCCUCAGAGAGGUGGAACCCAACACAGAACGUCAGAACCAUCCUGCUAAGCGUCAUAUCGUUGUUGAACGAGCCCAACACUUUCUCCCCUGCUAACGUCGACGCCUCCGUGAUGUACCGCAAGUGGAGAGACAGUAAAGGAAAGGACAGAGAGUAUGCAGAGAUAAUUCGGAAACAAGUCCUGGCCACUAAAGCAGAAGCAGAGCGAGACGGUGUUAAAGUUCCCACUACGCUGGCUGAGUACUGUGUGCGCACACGCGCUCCCCCUACAGACGAGGGCUCUGACUUGUUUUACGAUGAUUACUAUGAUGACGAGGACUUGGAGGACAAUAACGACGAGGACUGUUGCUACGACGAAGACGACUCAGGAAACGAGGAAUCAUGACCCCGCUCUCACCAUCAUUGUCCUCCACCAUCAUCUUUACCCCGAACCGAUAAAAAAGCUGUCGCAUGCACCUUGUAUUUACUUUUCUUUUGAAAAUGCUAUGAAAGAAGUUUUAGGUUUUUUUUCUAGUCAGAAAAUGAAAGCAUUCUGUUUUUUUCCCUCUCUGGUCUCUGUUGAAUUGAGUUUUCCUUUUGUUACCUCUUUUCAUUUAUCAUGACCUUCUGUUUUUUUCUCUCCCUCUUCUGUCUGUUUUCUUGCGCUAUAUAAAUCCGACCAUUUCCGCUUUUAAACAGCUAAAUAAUAGAGCAACUAUGAAUGGGUGAAAAGGGGUAUUUUUGUUUUAUUUGCUGUACUGUGCAUGUUGGCAUUGUGGUGUUUUUUUAAACACAGUGCUGCUCCCUUCAUCCACCAUUUUUUCCUCCAAGUUCUCUAAUUAAAGAUCAUCUACAAGUCCAACCAGCUCAGCAAUAAAAUGCAUUUUGCAUACUUACAUGCUCCAGAGGCAAGACGUAGGAACUGAAUACAGCAAAGUCUUUUGUGUUGUUUUCCUGCUCUGACUCAUUUGAUUUUCUGCUCUGAUGUGGUCGAACAGGAAAAACCAUUGAAGUGUCUGUUGCUGUGGAUUGAUAAUCUCCAUCUGGUUUGUAAGCAUGUAGAAGGAUUUCAAUUAUCGAUCUUAAGGGAAUGAUUAAUCGUUUGGUUUGAGGGAGAAACACUCAAGUGUUCCCUACAGAAUCCUAAAUCCCUUCUACCACUAUGUGAGUUCCAUUCAUUGUUUUAAGAUGAUGUUUUAACCCCAAAUCGUAAUCAUGUAAUUCCUUAUGUCCUGUGAUAGUGUGCAUCCCAUCGACAAGGAUGUGAAUCAUGACGUCAAAAUAGGAGGAGGGUCGUUUUUGUUUAGUUUGUUUUUUGGUCUGUCGGGGUGAAAUAUUUGUUUUUGUGAUACCAAUAUUGUAUCGCUCCCUCACGAAUUUCAUUUAGUCUACUGCUAGGUUUUUAUUCAUAGAGAAUGUAUUUUUUUCAUGACAGCAAUGUAAAUUCCUUCAUGUGGGGCUAUUGGGAUGAUUAUUUUUUUCCCCUGGACUUAAGAAUGGUCAUGUGUUUGUUUUGAUUUUUGAAAUUUUGUUCAGUAAAAUGAUAGCCCUGUCAACAUUAAUUUAAUUUCACGCCUUUGAGCAUUCUCAGCCUGGAGACGGCUUUUAACUACAUCAGCAUUGACCAGUUGAUAUAAUUCAAUCUAAGCUCAUUUUAAUUGACUCUCAGGAUAAAGCAAACAGUAAAAAAAAAAAUCCCACAGUACCACCAACCUUCCUGUGGACAGCAAUUUAACCAGUCUAUAAAUUCUGUUUUUGAAGGCGGUUUACAAUCUUAAACCUUGAUGCUGAUGUGCACAUGAGUAUGUGGCUGAUCAUUUUACUGACCUGUAUGUAUUUUUAUGGUUUGUUGGCCUAUUUAAAACUGAAAAAUAAAAAUCUUUAUUAGGAUAA